AGACUCGGGGUUCUGCUCCACAGCUGCAGCAUCCAGUGCCCCAAGACUCAGCAGCAGCAGUCUUUCGGGUGAAACAUUUUGAUUUCUUUCAGAGUAUACACACAGAAAGCCAGAGCCAGAACUACAAGUGCCAGCCCUGAGCUUUCAGGACAGGGGUCUCCAGGGCAAACGCGGUGAAGCCUUUGGAAAAGGAAGACAUUGAUAGGACCCAUUGGGUCAGCUGGUGGCCAGGGCGCUCAUGCUUCUGCCUUGGCUCACAGGAUUUGGGGCUGGUUUGCUCUUCCUGCACUUUGUGCAGAAACUUCUGUUCCCCUACUUCUGGGACGAUUUGUGGUUCCUGCUCAAGGUGGUGCGCUAUGGAAUUCAGAUGGAGAUAUUCAAACUUAGAGGGGAGCUGGUCACCGUGCUCGAUAAGUUCCUGAGCCACGCCAGGAGGCAACCACAGAAAGCCUUCAUUAUUUAUGAGGGGGACGUCUACACCUAUGAGGACGUAGACAAGAGGAGCAACAGAGUGGCCCAUGCCUUCCUGAACCACUCCUCGCUGAAGAGGGGGGAUGUCGUGGCUUUGUUGAUGAGCAACGAGCCAGACUUCAUUCAUGUGUGGUUUGGCCUGGCUAAGCUGGGCUGCGUGGUGGCCUUCCUCAACUCCAACAUCCGCUUCAAUUCCCUCGUACACUGCAUCUGCACCUGUGAGCCCAGGGCCGUGGUGGUGGGCGGAGAUUUACUUGGAAGCAUAGAAGAAAUUCUUCCCAGCCUCCCCAAACACAUCACCGUUUGGGGAAUGAACGACUCAGUUCCACAAGGUGUAGUUUCACUCCAAGAAAAGCUGAGCCUGGCCUCUGAUGAGCCAGUGCCAACAAGCUAUCAUGUCACCUCAAGCCUCAAGUCUACUUGCCUCUAUAUUUUUACCUCUGGAACAACAGGUCUACCCAAAGCAGCUGUGAUUAGUCACUUGCAGGUGUUAAAGGGUUCUCUCGGGCUGUGGGCUUUUGGCUGCACAGCUGACGACAUUAUCUAUUUAACCCUCCCUUUGUAUCAUAGUUCAGGGGCUCUCCUUGGAAUUGGUGGCUGUAUUGAGUUGGGUGCUACAUGUGUAUUAAAGAAGAAAUUCUCUGCAAGCCAAUUUUGGAAUGAUUGCAAGAAGUACAAUGUGACUGUGUUUCAGUACAUUGGAGAACUCUGCCGUUAUCUAUGCAAACAGCCUCAGAGAGAAGGGGAAAAGGACCAUCAGGUGCGUUUGGCAGUGGGAAAUGGUAUGCGAAGUGAUGUGUGGAGACAGUUUUUAGACAGAUUCGGAAAUAUAAAAAUGUGCGAAUUUUAUGGUGCCACUGAAGGAAACAUAUGUUUCAUGAACCACACGGGGAAGAUUGGAUCCAUUGGGAGAACAAACUACUUCUACAAGCUUAUUUUUCCUUUUGAGUUGAUAAAGUAUAACUUCCAGAAAGAUGAGCCAAUGAGGAACGAACAAGGCUGGUGUCACCGUGUGAGAAAAGGAGAACCAGGGCUUCUCAUUUCUCAUGUGAAUACGAAGAAUCCUUUCUUUGGCUAUGCUGGCUCUUCCCGGCAUACAAAAAGCAAGCUGCUUUUUGAUGUUUUUAAGAAGGGAGAUGUUUACUUCAAUACAGGAGACCUAAUGGUCCUGGAUUACGAGAACUUCCUUUAUUUUUGGGACCGUAUUGGAGACACUUUCAGGUGGAAAGGAGAAAAUGUUGCAACCACAGAGGUAGCCGAUGUGAUCGGGAGGUUGGACUUCAUACAGGAAGCAAAUGUGUAUGGGGUGCCAGUGCCAGGUUAUGAAGGGAAAGCAGGGAUGAUUUCUAUUAUUCUAAAACCAAACAAGUCUUUAGACUUAGACAAAAUGUACGACCAAGUUGUAACAUCUCUACCAGCUUAUGCCUGCCCACGGUUUUUAAGAAUUCAGGAUAAAAUGGAAACAACUGGGACUUUCAAACUGCAGAAGAUACAACUGGUGGAAGAAGGAUUUCAUCCACUGAAGAUUUCUGACCCACUUUACUUUAUGGAUACCUUGAAAAAAUCUUACGUUCCAUUAACUAAGGAAAUUUAUAAUCAGAUAAUAUUAGAGGAGCUUAAACUUUAG